UUUAGCUUGUUUUUAAAAAAAAACUCUCUCAAGGUAUGGUAGGAUUGUACAUUUUCCACAACUCAGAAGGUUUGGACAGGGUACUCAAUCCAGGGCUUUUCUUCAUGUCUCUUAGGAAAUAGUUCAGGAAGGUGGACUUGUCUUGUUUGGAGUUAAAAAAAGACAUUCUAUGGAGACAAGUGAGUUCAGCAACCGGCCCAGCCCCCCUUUCAUCGCCACAUCCAGGUCAGACACCACCAGAGGGAGCGGGUCCACGGAGCCUUCACGUGGAGAUAGUAGCCACGAUGUGACAGCUGGUAACUCCGAUCCUUGGGCCACUCCAGCAACUCUGAGAGACAACCUGCCAAAGGAGGAGGAGGAGAGUUUCCAGGAUAGUCCAGCCCAGAAAUUUUCCAAGAGUCUUUCUAGGGGAACCAGGGAGGUUGGCCAGUGUAGAAAUACUGUGUUUGGGUGCCAGCAGCCAGAGGAAGAGUUAGGGGAUGUCCUUGCUUCCAAAUUCUUGGAGCUGCAGCAGGGUGGGUUCCACAUGCUGCACAGAGACCUGAUGCAGCUGCAAGAAACCUUGGGAGAAGGAAUCGAUAGUUUUUCCCGGAAAUUAGGCAAGAGACUGGUCAGGCUGUCCAGCCAGAUGUCAGUUUUGGUGGAGCUCCUGCGCUAUGUCACUGCUGUUCUAGUGCCCAGUCCUGCUGAGCAAAUCUCCGUCGCCUGUCAAACUGUUAACGAGGAGGUUCACGACACAUUUGGGACCGUGCCUAACCUCACCUCCAGCCCACCACUGGCUUGGCCAGAGGCCACAAACAGCAGGGCACCCACCGCUCCUUUGCUGUCGGCCACACUCAGGAAACGCCGGUCAUCUGUGGCGACUAGAAGCAUUGAAACACCUUCAAAGGUAGAUAGAGCAGGCAUAUAAGAACAGAGGAGUGACCGGGGUGCAGGUUGAAGUCUCAAAACUUUUGUUAGUUCAGUGGAAUUUGGACAGUUACUUUAGACUUGUUUUGGCUGACGUGAUAAUUUUAUAAUUUUGGAGAAAGAGGUUUGGCGAACGGGUUUGAUCGUGGAGGCUGUUUUUGUGUUGUCAUUUUGUUCAGCGGUUGAGAGCGGUGGAUGUGAGAGGGUGCAUCAAUGCCACCCUGCUGCCGUUUGAUUUCCUGGUCAUUUGUUAGUUAAACAGAAGCGUGUGAGGAAAUGGAUUGCCUCGAGAUGAAUGAUGUAAAAUUCCGCAGCGUGUUUACUUCUCCUCUGAGAGAAAAAAUAAAGUUCUUAGUUUUUGUUUCCCGUUAGGUGCCAUUUUUAAUUGGGGGAAAGGGCAGCAAUAGUGCGGAAACUGCGAACUUGGAAAAUGCUUAAAAGGGAAGCCCCAAGGCUAUUAGUGCAUUGUCAUUCCAGUGCACCAUCUGAGAGAGAGGGGCAGGGAGUGAAUUUUACUGUCGCAGUGCACUUGCUUUCGUGAGUUCCUGAUGUUGCUCAGCCUAUUGGGAGGAAAUGCUGAGUGGGAAAUAUCUCCACAGGUAGAACAUUGCAGAAUGGACUAGUAUCAUUCUGAAGGCUGAAUUGCUGGGCAGAAGCUAUGAGACAAGAUACCUGUGCAUCUUCUCAGUUGAUGACUGGUACAUGUACAGAACCAUUGCAGGGUGGAAAGUCAGAAGGAGAAAGGAGCUUAAAAUGAAGAGCUUAAGAUACCAAUUUUUGUGUUUCCACCCGUGAAACAAUAAAUAGUCC